AUUUCAGUUUUCUUCUCUGCUUCAUUUUUCUUGAAUGAUCAUUUCUGGCAACAAGCCUUAGGGAAGGGCAGAUUAUAACAUCUAAAGAAUCUAUAAUAUUACAUAGCCAAUCGAGUGUGGUUUAAUGACAAAAUUGAAUUGUUCUGAUACCCAUAUCAAUAUACAAAUUAGUUCAAGUAAUACAGCUUUGCCAUGCCUUCUAAAUCUAACUGCCAUUAAAUUAUUGUGGAACCAGAUUCUCUGUCUCUCUGUCUCUCUGUCUAUCUGUCUAUCUAUCUAUAUAUAUAGUGCCCACUGGAUCUAUGCUAUUCUCUAAUGGAAGUCAUUCGACCCGGAGUGGGAGUGAACCCCUCCUGGUCGGGAUAGCCACAAAAGAGUCCCCAAUCACUCUCUUUCUCUCUCUCAAUCUUCAGACCCUUUUCUUGUUCCCCUCAAAUCUCGGUCUCUCCCUACAUCUGGCUGGCCCCUUUCGCUCUCAUCAUCUUAGGUUAGUCAAUCUCACUGACAGUAAAGGUCGAAAAUUCGUUAAGGCAUAUUGAACUUUGCUUCGAUUAUUCCUUUUUAUCAAUCUUUGAUUUGGUUGCCGGGAAAGAUGAAGAAUGGAAGAGCAGAUUAACGAUUUUUUGUUUUAUUUUUUCCUCCUUUUUCUAUCUUUUGGUUUUUGGGGGUUUUGGUUACUGAAAAAAUUGGGGAUCUUUGUUUGGCCCUCUUGAAAGUAGACGAAAGGAAGAGAAUAAAUUUGAUUUUUUAUUGCAUUUUUCUUUUUUGAUGUUUUGGUUGCUGAAGAAGUGGGGGAUUUUUGUUUGGUUGCCCAGAAAGUGAGAGAAAAAAGAUUUUUUUUUUUUAACUUCUUCAUUUUUGUGUUAUUUUGACUGCUGAGAACUGGAAAUUCUGUUUGGUUGCUGGAAAAAUGCAGGGAAGGAUGAGAAAAGAUUUUGUUUUUUCUUUUAAAUUUCAGGUUUUGUGUUGUUCUGGUUGCUGAGAAAGUGAAGGGAAAUGCUGGAAGAGGAUGAAUUUUCCUGUUUUCCACUUUUUCCAUAUUAUGAUAGAUUUGAAUCAUCAAUUAUCUUUCUAUACGUCUUUGCACAUGUGCUUCUGUGCUACAGGUUUCUGAACUAACUUUAUACAUACACAGUUCUUGUUGUUUUACCCAAUGGUUGUUUUUGAGACAAUUUAGAAAGAGCAAAUCAUAGGAAGCCUCCUUAAUUUUGUUGAUGUUUCUUUCAUUUAUUUCUAUGCCAGUGUUUGUGUGGAAUUGACAGUUCUUACAUGGUGGUCUAUAUUGAUUAUUAAGCAUGGAAACAUCUCGUUGGAGUUAGUGUCUGCAUCUUGUUUUUAGGUUGUUUGAGCAUCUUGCAUUGUCUAUGCUUUAGUGGUACAGAAUGUGUCACAAGAUGUUUGUUGAGCUGCAUUUUAUUUUUAACAGUCAUCAAAUGAACUUGAGGCUUUGAGAUUGAAGUUGGUAUGUGAAUUUUCCACCUCAAGGACUUGUAAACAAGUUAACAGGAUUUUAGUGAAAAUAAAGAAUAGUGCUAUAUCCUAUGUUAACCAGCCUCCCAUUUCUUAGUUUGUAACAAUUUGGCAUUCUUCUUGUUUAAUUUUAAUGCACAUCGAUAUAUUUGUAAUGGCAAAUUUGGUCCUCAACAUAAGAUGAUAUUCCGGCAACAAGCUCUGGUCAGGUGCUGAAAAUUCAGGUGUAGGUGCCUGCUUUAGACAACAGUGUGGUGGUAGCCAUACAUCCUCAACCUUCUAAGUCAGUAAUGUGUAGGAUAAUUAAGGAGUUUUGGCUCGGAGAACUGCAACAUCAUUGCUGAGGGAGGUCCAACUUGAUCCUUGAAUGGCCAUCUCAUGCCCUUGCAAUUUGUCAGUUCCCAGGACUGAAAGUUACCAUCUUCCUUUAGGCUGUGCACCCCAGUAAAUAGGGGCUUGUUGGUGGGUUGUCAAUAGGAAUGAAGUGGUUGGUGGGGCAGGUGAACUAGUCCAGGUGCAAUAGUUGUUCUCUCUAGAUCUUAUUUCACUAAUGGCGGUUUCAAAUUCGAAAGACUCCUUUGCUGAUUCAAAUCUCUCUCCACCAAAUUCAUAUGGAGCUGUUGUUCUGGGCGGAACUUUUGAUAGAUUACACGACGGCCAUCGCUUUUUUCUCAAGGCAUCGGCUGAGCUUGCAAGGGAUCGUAUUGUCAUUGGGGUUUGUGAUGGACCGAUGUUGAGUAAAAAACAGUUUGCUGGUCUAAUAGAACCGAUUGAGAAAAGGAUGCAUAGUGUUGAAGAGUAUAUUAAGUCUAUCAAACCAGAGCUAGUAGUGCAACUUGAACCGAUUAUUGACCCCUAUGGUCCUUCAAUCAUUGAUGAAAAUUUGGAGGCUAUUGUUGUCAGCAAGGAGACUUUACCUGGGGGACUAUCAGUAAAUAAGAAGAGAGCUGAGAAAGGGCUCUCACAACUAAAGGUUGAAGUUGUUGAUAUCCUCCCUGAGGACGUGACAGGAGAAAAACUGAGUUCCACAGCAUUGAGGAGACUUGAGGCUGAGAGCACGGUGGAUAGCGGGGAUCUAGAAACAGUUGCAGAAAUGAAUGAUCUCAUGACAAAAUCGUUCUUAAGUUAUGUGGAACUAAAGAAACAAGCAGAGAUGGAUCUUGAAGCAGAAGCAGAAGCAGACAUAGAAAUAGGCAAACUCAAGCCUAAAGAUGAAGAGAACCUCUCUCAGUUCUUUGAAGAAGUGGCCGCAAUCAAGACUGUCAUGGAAGAGAUUACUAAUCUCGUCCGUGAUCUUCACAACCUGAAUGAAGAGACUAAAUCAACUCACAGCGCUAAGGUUCUUCGUGGCCUAAGAGACCGCAUGGACUCUAAUGCACUCACUAUUCUUCGCAAGGCCAAAGUUGUGAAGGCAAGACUAGAAGCUAUAGACAAAUCAAAUGUAAGAAACCGCAGAAUAUCAGAAGCAUAUAGAGAAGGAAGUCCAGUUGAUAGGACGAGAAUAUCGGUCACGAAUGGAUUGAGAAGUAAGCUUAGGGACAUGAUGAAUGAUUUCCAUUCACUGCGGGAGAGGAUCUUAUGGGAUCAUAGAGAAACUCUCAAGAGAAGGUACUAUAAUGCCACUGGAAGUGAAGCAAGCGAGGAAGUGGUGGAGAAAAUGAUGACAGGAAGCGUACAAAUAGAAGCAUUUGAAGGAAAAACAGGAGGGGAUUUGGUGAACAGAGAGAGGAAUGAAGCCUUGAGGGAGAUUCAGAGAAGCUUGGAUAAGCUUCGUCAAGUAUUCCUUGACAUGGCUGUUUUGGUUGAGAGUCAAGGCGAGAAGAUGGAUGAUAUAGAGGAGAAUGUGGCAAUUGCAGGGAACUUCGUCAGUGGUGGAACCAAUAGUCUUGUCUAUGCCAAGCAGAUGAAGAAGGGGAAGAAAUGGGUGUAUUGGGUUUGGGCUGUGGGGCUCAUCAUAUUGCUGGUGUGCUUCAUUUCAAUGCUCACUUCUUAAAAGGAAUCUGAAAAGAAAAUUUCAUGUGUGAUAGACCUUUCCUGAGGUCAAGGACUCUGCUGAUGGCUUCCAAACCUGUUCAAUACAUUUUGGGAAUGCAUAUUCAGAUACAUUUACGUAACUAUUUGUUUUGUU